CUGCAAUUGAUUAUUCCCGUCUUAGAUCUCUGCCUCCGAGCCUCGCGCCCAACUCUCCUGAAUGACAUCAUUUGAGUGGAACAGAUUGAGCAGUGGUCGAACGCGGCUGGAGACGGAGGGGACGGCGAGGAUGCUACCGCAUUUUACAGCGGAGUUAGAAGAAAGGCGUGUUUUGAGCUGCUGUGAUUAUUUUUGCUGGAUAAAUCAAACGUAUACGGAGAUGCCAGGCGUGCGGAAUGCAAUUUACCUUCGCACCACCACGCUUUAAUGUCCCAAAUGAAUGGAAGCGGACGUCCUGGGGGGAAAUAAAAAAUAAAAUGAUGUGAGCAGCUGAGCGGAAGUGAAUGCUGCCUCGACGGUCGCCUCAAAAGAACAAGAAACUUCCGGAAGGUUCCAUUUUCUGCGCCAUGCCCGUCCAUCAGAUCUCGGUGGUGCCCGCCAGAGAGACCGCCAGCAAUGGGAGGAACUCCGGCAGAAACAGAGAGAAGAGCAAGGAAGCAGAGAGCGAGAAGCCUCCCAGGCGUUCGGGGAGUCGAUCCAGCAACAUCUCCAAGGCGAGCAGUUCUACGACGGGACUGGGACACACCAGCGUUUCUCGGACGUCUGUGACUCCCUCCUCUCAGGACAUUUGCAGCUCCUCCCACCCUCUGCCCAAAGUGGAGGAGGACUGUGUGGAGGAGCGCACCCCGGUCACGGUGCUGUCCCGCUCGGGCCAGCCUGCGGGUAAGAGGCAGGUGAAAAAGAGGCACAGGAGGAAGCGGGACGUCCCGCGGGGGGGCGGGGAAAACAGCGGGGGCUCCGACCCCCAGGAGGAGUGCGUCAAGUACCGCGGCAACCCCCGGCGGGAGAGAGACUCCUCCGACUCCUCCUCGGACGAGGAGGAGAGCUGGCGGGAGGCGCAUAACUGGGUUCGGGAGCGUCCCAGGAGGGGCCGGGGGGGCCGGGGGCGCCGGGACCGGGAGCAGGCCUGGGACGAAGGGCGGGACAUGGAGCUGGUGUCGGUGGAGUCCCGGGACGGUCCCAAAACAAACGAGGGGGCCCGCACCACCCCGCCGUCCAUGGGGCAGGAAGAGGCCGGCCGCCCGGGCCUGAAGAACCGACGGAAACCCCCGGCCAAUCAGGAAGAGCGCGGGCCAAGCCCCGCCCCCUCGGCCUCACAGAAGGCGAAGUCCGGGAGCUUCGAGGAGAUUCUGAGCAGUGGGCGGAGCCAUGGAAGCUCCUCCCCCCAGGAGGAAGACUGCAUCACCAGGAUGUACGAGGAGAUUGAGGCUGGGGAGGUCGCCCUGUUCGCCGCCCCCUGCCCCCCCUCGUCCCCCCCAGGCCUGAAUUCGGCCUGUCCGGCCGGCAACAGCAGCACAGCCCAGCGGCUCCAGUGCUCGGACGAUGAGUUAGAAGUGUGCAGGUCAGUCCGCUCUGUAGCACCCUGAAGAGAAGUAGCCUGCCCCCCCCCCCACUAGACAAAUAUCCCCUCCCCCCUACCGGAUAGAACCCCCCGUUUUCCAGAAGGGGAUUUGCCGAACCAAGACGUAGUUCACGGCCGGAUUAGCGAAUCGCGGGGAGGGUGGAGACACUGUGCUCUGUCGAACCCUGACCGCCCAUGAAAACAACCCACGAGUAUAAAAGCCGGCUUGAUAAUUAGCUGAAUGUUAACGUGACUGUGUUUGGCAUGUCCAAUCACAGCACAGUGUGCGAUGCUCAGAAAAGGCAUAUUGACUCAAAUCCGUUAACAAUGAUGACGAGCAGAGAAGUGAAUUGACCGUGCUGUCAGUACUUAUGUUGUCCGUCUUCACUAAUAGACAAGAGCCGGAAUGGCUUGUUGCCCCAU